CCUAGCCGCGUGCCAGCAAAAGCUCGAUACAACAUUGAGAUAGCUAGGCAUAGGCCAUGGCCGGCCUCUUCGAUGCAGAUGCCUACGAAUGCGACGACCUUCCGGAAAGGUUCUACCGAGUAACUUAUCCUGGGUCGCAAACUCGGGAUGAAGACACCGGAGAUUACGUUUCAGACACCACUCUCGAAAUCUCUGACGAUGUCGAUCUGAAGGAGAUCGUUGAGGACCACUUCUACUGGCGGAGAGCGCCCAGCCCUUUUAUAUCCGUCUUUUGUGACGAGAGGCAUGCCCGUAACUGGGCCCGUAAGCGAGUGGACAAGCUCAAUUGCAGCCUGGGCGACGUCUACAUCAGCGAGAUUGAUACGGCGAAGCUUCCGGCUGGUACAACCGUGUUUGAGGCUACGCUUCUGGCCGACAUGCUGGAUAUCUAUCAUCCAUAUUCGGAGAACGAGUAUCUCGUCCUCCAUCGCAUUUCCUGCGUGUCUAUUGUUAGCACGCGGAGCCUGGAGGAGAUUGAGGCAGACGAACUGGCGCACACGAUGGCACUCUUUGGACUUAACGACCCGAUCCGAAUGUUUAUCGAUCAGGAUUCAGAGCAUCUCGACUUGGCCAUAGAGUCCUUUCAUGUUGUCCUCCGUUUACCUAGCGUAGCAAGCCCGGUGCAGCCCAAGACCUGCAGCAGCUUAACAUAG